UGGUAGUUGACAGCUUUGUUUGCAUUCAUAGUUUGCUUAGAGUUUUAACAGAAGUCGUGUGUGGUUGGGUUUAGCGAUGGUCUUACAUGUAUGUACAAUUUUAUCCUAGCACAACAUAUAUAUAUUUUGUUGAUGUUUUUAAAAACCAGCGGUAGAAUGUCAUUUCAAAUUCUAGAAUACACUUUUAACAUAGAUUUCCAACCAGGAUCCAUUUAAUUCUACUACAUCAGAUGUUUGGCCAUACUAAACGUCUAUGCAAUAAACUUUAAUGUCAUACCUGUACUUCUUGGGAUGUCUAGUUCAGGUUGCGGCUAUAAAUACUGCAAUGGCUGCACUAUCAAAGACAGUCGGCGUAUUUCCUAAGGAACGUGUGAUUGUUGAUAGAGAAAGAGCGAAAGGAUCCUAUUUGUUAGGGCCAUAUUUACUGUCAAAAUUAUUAGCUGAGAUCCCUGUUGGAGCAGCAUUCCCGUUGCUCUUUGGUACCGUUUUAUACCCCAUGACCCGUGUUCAUCCAACAUUGUCAAGAUUUGGGAAGUUCUGUGGAAUAGUAACCACUGAAUCCUUUGCUGCAUCUGCGAUGGGCCUCACCGUUGGCGCUAUGGUUCCUACCACUGAAGCAGCUCUGGCAGUAGGACCAUCUUUUAUGACUUUAUUCAUUGUAUUUGGAGGCUACUACAUCAAUGCAGAGAACACGCCAAUCAUCUUCCGCUGGAUCCCUCGUGUUUCUCUCAUCAUCAGAUGGUAG